UACAGGCCUGAUUGUGCAGCGCGGCAGUCUGUAGGAGUCCUCGCUGCGCAGUGGCUGUACUGGACUUGUACUGUCACUCCGGCUAUACUGCUGUUCGUCCAGGAAGGUUCCUGUUUGGUGCGGCCGUGUGUGCGUCAGGAGGCGUCUGUCUCGGCUACCGUCCAGCAACCUCCUUCAGCGCCGACAACAGGCCGCAUGAGGAGCGGCCUGGUAGCCCCAGAAGAGUUCUCCUAGACACGUGGGCAACUAUCCCGUCACAGAUGGCGAGCUGUUUCCUGGGAACUUGCUGCCUCGUAGUCUUCGUGGCGAGGUUGGCGACGGCAUGGCUUAUCCCAGGCGCAGUAUUAUGCCCUGAGGAGUGCCAGUGCAAAGGGUUCACCUUCCAGUUUGUAGACUGUGUCAAAACUAGCCUGCAGAUGGUCCCCACCAACUUUCCCGAAAACGUGUACAUGAUUGAAAUGUCCCACAACAACUUCUCCAAAAUUCCAGAGAAGUCCUUCUCGGGGCUGAAAAGGCUAUUUCGAUUAGAAAUGCAUAACUGCAACAUUCGUUACAUAGAGAGCGGUUCUUUUAACAACCUACCCAAUCUGGCGUAUGUGUACUUAAGUAACAACAAGUUAACUGCUAUUACACCAAAAAUGUUUAAUAGUUUGGAGAGUUUGACCUGGCUUGACUUGGAGAAGAACAAUAUAGGAGAAAUUCAAAAGGGAUCAUUCUCCAACCUGUCAAGUUUGAAUUGGCUGGACUUAGACUCAAACCAAAUAGUUAACUUGGAGGAUAACACUUUUCUUGGACUUACAAACCUGACGCGCAUGUUUCUUAGCUAUAACAAGAUAGAGGAAAUAAAAAACAACACUUUUUUGGGCUUGACCAGUUUGAUGACACUUACCUUAACGAAGAACAGAAUAAACCGCAUAGAAGCCGGAUCAUUUGAAAGUUUGGCGAGUCUAACAACAUUAAUCAUGGACUAUAAUAUGAUGAGAAAGAUUGAUAAAGAUACAUUCUUUGGACUAGGAAGACUUGAGUCACUUAGCAUGGACAACAACAAUAUAGGGUUUAUACAAAGAGAUGCUUUUGUUUACACUGUAAACCUAACAAGUUUGUCUCUAAUUAACAACACCAUUAAAGAAUUAGAAACUGAUACAUUUAGAGGGCUGAAGAAACUCCAGCAUUUAAUGCUCUCCAGUAACCAAAUAACCCAGUUGGAUGAGCAUUGCUUCGAAGAUCUCGGAAAUCUGGUAUUUCUGGACCUGAGUCGCAACAGAAUCCAUACUUUAGUGCCAGAUAACUUCAAAUACCUAGUAAGUCUUGUGACACUGUCCCUCGCUGGUAACCAUCUUCGCUGCAUCCACCCAGAAUCCUUCCUGGACAACAAGAGGCUGAUCACUGUCAGUCUGGACAGCAAUGGGUACCUGAACCUGCCCACUAACGAGUCUCUUCUUAUAUCUUCCAGCAUCGAGAACUUGUACCUCUCCAGCUGCCACAUUAGUUACCUGCCACCCAAGAUAUUCGAGCAGCUGCCCUCGCUGGAGUCUGUGCUGCUGCACAGAAACAACCUGCAGUACUUCAGCAAGGCCUCGUUCAGCCCGUUGAAGCGCCUCACCCACCUGGACCUGUACGACAACCCUCUACUGUGCGACUGCGCGCUGCAGGACGCGUGGUCCUGGGUCAACAGCGCGAACAUCACCUUCAGCGGCCGGUGCGCAGGUCCUGGCGCGCUGGCGGACAGGCCCUUGUACCGGCUGGAGUCCUUGGACUGCUCCGGCACCGCCGGCUCGCGCAGGACGACCGGCCGCGUGGAGGACUUCAGCUGCCGCUCGUACCGGUACGACAGCUCGCUGUCAGACCCGGAGGACCUGGCAGGCAUGGCUGCUCCCGCGCAGCCGGACCCGGCCACGAUGAAGCAGCAGUUCCGGGCCUACCAGAGCCCGCACGAAGCCACGGCGUCGGCCGUCGUGAGCGUGCUCGUCGUGCAGUGCGUGCUCUUCGCGGCCGUCCUGCUCGUCCUGGGCUUCGUGUACUACAAGCGGAGGCACCGCGGCAACCUUUCCUACGACCCGUACUCUCAGGCGAGCGUCGAUAACGUUCCUUUGUGCGCGACCGCUUAGUGUUGCAGUUACUAUCGAUAACAUUAACAGAUUCAAAGUAAUAUGUCAUUUUUGUAUAAAGACAGCCUCAUUAAACUGUAUUUUUAUUUUUGAUAAAACCAAUACUUAAUAAACAAAA